GGCCCUCCAAUAUCCGGUCUGAGUGCGGCAUUGCCUCGCCCGACUCGGGUUAGUGAGACUAAACGAAAGCAGCGCGCCGGAGAAGGCCAAGGCAUCUAGGUUGCGGUGGGCUUCGAGAACCGCCUCCUGCUUGAGGAUCUCGAUCUUUCACAGAGGCUUCUCCACUGGCACCUCCCCAUCCAUCAUCGGAAGUAUGCAUGUUUGCAUGUACCUUCCAUCUGAAUUCUAUCCAUAAGGGACAUCAUGGUUGAUGACUUUGCCCAGGGUUUUGGUUUGGCAACUUUCCCCAAUCCAUCAUCUGUCCAUGACUUCAUUUGUUUUGCACUGGGAGAGGGAUCUCAAGUUGAAGGCAUUUGCACAAUUAGAAUGGCAAAAGGAUUAAUAUGGGCAACCACUGAAGACUUGGCAAGGAACCGAGCAAAGGUUUUGUCAUUGUACCGUCAGAUAUUGAGAAGCCUCAACUCCCCAGAACUCCCACUCACCCAUGCGGCUCGUCUCGCCAAGAAAGCAGAGGUCCGCAGCAUCUUCUUGUUCGGAGCUGAAGAACGUUCUCUCCACAACAUUGCUGACCUCAUUGAUGCUGCUAAUUACUCCCUUUCCAUCCUUAAGCAGGGCCGCCUCCCAUAGUGUACAAAUUUAUUAAGGAUUUGAAAUAUGCUGACACGCAUGAGUGGGUUAAAGUUGAUAGCUCUUCUGCAAUGAUAGGAAUAACCAGGUAUCCUCAGGAUCACUUGGGUGAUGUUGUAUAUGUUGAAUUGCCAUAAGUUUCUGGAGCUGUGGCUCAGGGAAAGAAUUUUGGUGCAGUUGAAAGUGUGAAGGCAACCAGGAAGGUCAAUUCUCCAGUUUCUGGAGAAGCGGUUGAGGUCAACACUGAGCCAAAUGGUUCUCCUGGAUUGAUGAGUUCUUUAGACAAGUUGUUUUCCACCAGUACUUUAUUUAAGAGAAACAAUGCCUUCACCUAGUUGUCAUGUUAUUUUUGGGAACCAUACACACAUUAGCAAGCCAAAAAGCCUUUUCCCAGUUUAUACAGUCUUUUUGUGUGUCAUAUACAUAUAAUGCAAGUCCUAAUCAAACUAGCUUUACUAACAGUUAUUCCAUCAGUCUAUGUUGUGAUAGAUAUUAUCAAGACCUAUGUGAUAAGGGAUGUGAGUCGGAACGGAUUAUCCGUGGAUGAGAUUAAAUUCCUAUUAUUACACGUGAUAAGGAGUUUGGGUCGGAACGGCUCAUCGAGUCCUAUCAUAAUGUGAAGCUACUAUUGGAUUAA